AUGGAGCCGAUCACGGAGCUGGAAGACUCCCUUGAUACCUUGCUGAAAGUGAUGGCAUCAGCCAUUGCCUACCUCUCACGUAAAUCAGGGCACAAGCAGGUGAACCAGGAGGUGCCACUCACGACAUUGGGUAAUACAGAAGGGCUUAGCGAGGACGUUUUGGCAUCAAAUCGCGAGGAAUUAAUUGAAGAUCUUAUAUCACAAGCGAAAGAUGUCGAGCAGCGUAUAUCAGACUUGAGUCUUGCCUCUGUGAAGGAAGAUGCACAAAUGGAAGAAAUCGUUUCCCUCGAAAAAGAGUUACACGCAGCUAAUCAAGACUAUCAGCAGGCAUUAGACGAUGCAAACGCUCUUUCCGCAAAGCUUCGGGAUGUGCUGAUGCAGCUCACGCAGGACCGACAUACCGCGCGUCAGGUCCUGGAACAGGCAUAA